GGAGACGACACCAAUAAAAGCUCCCGCAAAUUACUCUUUUUUCCUACCCCUUCGCCGUCCCCGUACGUCACUCAUUCGCCGCUACAUAAACAUAUCCACCCAAAUUCUCUCAAGCUCCCUCUCUCGCUCUCUCGCUCUUCAAUCGCUCAUAGCAGGUUUUGAAGCUGUGAGGCGAUCAAAGACUCAGAUAUAAAAGCGUAAUCUUCAUGGAACUUGGGCAACUUUCUGAUGCCAAGGACUCUGGCGUGAAUUAUACAUUGUUAAGAGAUGAAGAAACAUUGCAUGCGGGGAUAUUCGACAAGCCCCUUCCUUGUUUUGGCUGUGGGUUAGGAUGGUUUUCUUUCCUUGUAGGAUUUCUUUGCCCCUUGUUCUGGUAUUACGCUACAGUUCUGUAUUUGUGCAAUCACUAUCGCAAGGAUCCUAGAGAGCGAGCUGGACUUGCAGCUUCUGCAAUAGCAGCAUCGAUAUGUACAGUUGCUGCCUUCAUCACUACAAUUGCCAUCUUGAUAUAAGCUGAUAGCAAAAUCUCUCCGGCCGGACCCCUGUUUUUUCUAGUCAAAAGUUUUAUAUGGAAAUAUUGAUAUCAUACAGCAUUUUGUUUAUAAGUCUCUUGUAUGGUAAUUUUCUUUGUGCAUAAUUAUCAACUUAAUUGGGAAGGAUGAUAUGAAAUUUAUAUCAAAUCCGAAACCGGGUUAUGGGUUGUUUUUACAA